GGCCUACAGUUCUGUGCGAUGGCUGUCUUGUUCUACAGGAAGCACGAGGCGCUGCUUCGCUUCCGCUCGGUUUACUACUUGAUGCUCUUCCGGCCUUUGGUGCUCGCCACCAUCCAGCUAAAUCUCUUGACCGAGAUUGACACACAGUGGGUGGUGUAUUGCCUUAAGGAGGCUUCCCUCUGGUACAUAUACUGGCAACUUCUCCUCGCCGUCCAGCCCUUUUACAGAGCAGACUUGUUCAUGGAUUUCGCGAGUGGUACUCUGCACGGAAAUGUGGAGUCGAGAGAGUCGGGGUCACCGGCACCCGUGCGCCAAGGUGGAGAAGGACAAUGGGAGGAGUUUGCAAGAGCCCACGCGAACCGCGUGGCGGUCAACAUGGACGGACCUGCGCAACUUCCAGUUGUUCCAAUGCCAGGUGAGCCAG